CUUCGCUUCUAUAUAAACCCUCACUUCUCCCCAAAUUCCUUUCAUCCUUGUUAUUUUUUGCCUUAACUCUUAAGCCUUUGUAUUACCCACGCGUUUUCUCCCUCAGUUCCACCGGUUCGUCUCCCGUCGAGGGCUUGUAUUGCACACCAGAUGUCUUUUGAUUCCAACAAGAAGAAGCAUCAGAGGUUUUUGUGGUGUGCUUGCUGUUUCAUGAGCCGGAGGAGACUGUGGUGCUCAUCGAAGGUGUUGUUUCGGCAUUGGACUUGAAGACGAGGUUUAAGUAGUUUAAGGUUGGAGGGCUGAGGUUUGGGAUUGGUGUGUAGAGGCGUUUAUUUUUCAAUUUUCAUUUUUUUUUCAUUUUUGAGGACUAUUGGCUGCAGAGAUAUUGUUCUUGGUGGGGAGAGGUUUUCAGUAACAUUAUUGGUGAAAGUUUACUUCAGUAGUUGGAUUAUUAGGUGUUCUGUUAUCACAAUGCGUCAGCGUCUCGGCCCUGGAUUCCGUUUCCAUCCAACUGAUGUUGAGUUGGUUUUGUACUAUCUUAAGAGGAAAAUUUUGGGUAAGAAGCUUCUCUGUGAGCCUAUUGCGGAGGUCAACAUCUACAAAUACUCUCCAUGGGAUCUUCCAGAUAAAUCUUGCUUGAAAACUAAAGAUUUAGAGUGGUUCUUUUUCUGUCCAAGAGAGAAGAAGUAUGCAAGUGGGGCACGUGUCAAGCGUGCAACUAAAGAUGGUUUUUGGAAAACUACUGGAAAAGGCAGGACUAUUUCUCGCAAUGGGAGAACUGUUGGAGCUGUAAACACCUUGAUAUUUCACCAGGGUCAUGCCCCGCAUGGAACAAGAACAGAUUGGGUUAUGCACGAGUAUAAGCUCAUUGAUAAUGAGUUGGCUGCAGCUGGAGUUCAGGAUAACUAUGUUGUGUGUAAAGUUUUUAAGAAGAAUGGACCAGGCCCCAAAAAUGGCGCACAGUAUGGUGCCCCUUUCAAUGAAGCUGAUUGGACUGAUGAUGAUGACGAUGUUACUGAGAAUCAUUCUAUACCCCAAGCAGCUGAAGCUCCUUCACAAACUGCAUGGGUGCAGAAUGUAGAGCAAAGUUUGCCUCUUGGAGGAGGAUUGCUCGACUUUGGAAAUGGACCACUACCUAUGCUUGAAGAAGGUCCAUCAUCUUCAGUGGUUGCUCCAACUAGUAUUGUAGCUGUAGACGAGACCAAUGAUGAGAUGGAUAGUCUUCUUGCCUGCUUUGACGAUGAAGACAUGCUGCUUCCUGAUGGGAAUGGAUUCAAUCAGGAUGAUCUUAGUGGCAAUGGGAACAACAGAUUGUUACCUUGUAGUGGGGGAUUGGAUAUAUACAAUGAUCUUCAUGACUUGGAUGGUUGGAGAAAGAUCAAUGAGGGCAAAUUUGACUUCCCUGGAUCACAGAAUGUCGACUAUCCACUCAACAUGCUUCCCAUAGACAAUUCAACAUAUAUAGAACUCAAUGAUCUUCUGCCUCCAUUGGAUUGCUCAAAUGGAAUUAUUGGAGCUCAUUUCUCAUCAAGUGGCCUGGGAUCUGCAUCUUAUGUCCAUGAGAAUAUUCAUCAAUUAAACUCUGGAACUGGGUUUGCUGGCAUACAGGAUCAGCAUCUUUCAUUUGCAAAUGAGCUGUCUGUGUUGUCAAAUACAUCUGAGGGUGAUAUUUCUUUGGAUGUGCUUCAGAUGGUGGACAAUCCAUUCUACCAGGCAACUAAUGAUUCACAUAAUUCAGACUUCUCAUUUGGGCAACUGGGGAAUCCGGUCUAUUCUCCUCCCAACACUGAAAGAGGAUUACAUUUAGAAUAUCAUUAUUCAAGAUUUAUGGAACGCAAUCCAGCUCACUUACCUACAGCUGCUAUGAUUCUUGCUCUUUCUUCUCGUGGUGGCUCCUCCAUACAUAUCAAGGCUGAGGUGACUCACAGAGCUGGUGAAUGCACUAACGAAGCUUUGGCAGUUAUGAUGGGGGGGUCUAGCAGCUGUUGGUCCAACUUGUUCUUUUGCAAACUUCAGCUUUGUGCUCUGGAAGGUCUGCUAGAAUUUGCCUCAGAUUUUAUUAUAGUUUGUUGCUUAAAUGAUACUCUGUCACUGACUUACUAUCAUCAUUAUCACCUGAAUAAUAAUUUAGCAUAUUCACCCCCUAAACUAAACCAAAACUGGUAAGUUGGCUAAAUAGUUUCUUACCCACUUAUAUCAAAUGAACUUUGCUAUAUAUUA